AUGGAUUUUGCUAUCAAGAAUGUUCUUUUGAAAAUUCAAAUAUUGUCUUCUGUCACUCAGCAGGCCCACUUUACAUUUUGGCUACAGAUUACCUGUUUAUGGAGUUCUACUUUUGCCAAGAAGCCAGCUCAGUUCCCUGUGUUCCGAAGGAAGCCUUUUAUAGCAGCCUGGAAUGCACCAACAGAUCACUGCUCAAUCAGAUAUAAUGUGACAAUAAACCUGAAAAUGUUCCAUGUGAUUGGGAGCCCAUUUGCCAAAGCAAGAGGACAGAAUGUGACUAUAUUUUAUGUCAACAGGCUGGGAUAUUACCCAUGGUAUACCUCAAAGGAAGUCCCAGUUAAUGGCGGCCUACCUCAGAAUUUCAGCUUACAAGCACAUCUGGAAAAAGCUGGUCAAGACAUUAAUUACUACAUUCCUGAUAAAGAUUUCACAGGAUUAGCAGUCAUAGACUGGGAACACUGGAGGCCACAAUGGGAGCGCAACUGGAGCACAAAAGAUAUUUAUAGGAGACAGUCAAGGAAACUAAUUUCCGAAAUGCAAGAGAACAUUUCAACACAUGCUCUUGAACGUUUAGCCAAAUUCUCUUUUGAACAAUGUGCUAAAGCUUUCAUGAAGGAGACAAUUGAGCUGGGAAUUAAUAGUAGACCAAAGGGCCUCUGGGGAUACUACUUAUAUCCUGACUGCCACAAUUAUAAUUUCCAUGACCAGAACUACACUGGCUCUUGUCCAGAAAAUGAAGUUUUGCGGAACAAUGAAUUAUCAUGGCUGUGGAACAGCAGUGCAGCUCUGUAUCCUUCCAUUGGCAUCAAGAAAUCCCUUGGAAAUAGUGAAAACAUAUUACGCUUUUCACAGUUUAGAGUGAAUGAAUCUAUGAGGAUUUCUUUCAUGACAUCACAUGAUUAUGCUCUCCCAGUAUUUGUAUAUACUCGACUAGAUUAUAGAGAUGAACCUUUGCUAUUUCUUUCCACGCAAGAUCUUGUUAGCACUAUUGGAGAAAGUGCUGCCCUGGGAGCUGCAGGAAUUGUUAUUUGGGGAGACAUGAAUUUAACUUCAUCCGAGGUCAACUGCACAAAGGUGAAGCAAUUCAUUGCUUCUGAGUUAGGUGUCUACAUCAUCAAUGUAACCAAAGCAGCAGAGGUAUGCAGCUGGCAUCUUUGUCAGAACAAUGGGAGGUGCAUACGAAGGAACUGGAAAGCCUUAGACUACCUUCAUUUAAAUCCUCACAACUUUCAGAUAGAAACCUCAGAAGACCAGGGUUUUACUGUGACAGGAAAAGCUUCACCUGCCGACCUUCAAAUAAUGGCAGAGAAAUUCACCUGCCAUUGUUAUCAAGGGUUUCAAGGAGCAGAUUGCAAGGAAAUUAAGACUAUCCCGGCUACAUGUUACACCAGCCAGGUGGAAGAUGAAAACUAUGGGUGGACUCUAGAGUUGUUUCCCUUGUGGCAGUAUGUGAUAGGGAAGAACCAAACUCAAGACCCGGGCAUCCAGGCUCAGAGUCGAGUCCAGAAGGAAGUUUCCCAAUCUGCGAGACUGAAAUCUCAGGGGAAGUGUGAUGCCAUCCAGGACAGGCAAAGCCCCAAUGAAGAAUGUAGCCAUUCUAUGAAGAAUCCACAAAACUGUUUGUCCAAAAUCAUCCCAGACCUGUUCCCAUUGCGGUUGAACGAUCAGGGAACAAAAGGAGCCCAUCUGAGGAAGAAAGCGUUCAGAAAGCGCAAGGAGGAAACUUUUCGUGCAACUAUCUGGAAACAGAUCUGGGGAAAAUGA